AUGGACAUUCUCCAAUGUAGUACCCUAAUACUGUUUACAGUUGUGUCUUUCUCUUGUUUUCAACUCAGUUUUCAUGAAAGCUGCUUAAAUCCAUCUUUGCAAGAACAUAAUUCUUCAUUGGCAGAGCAUGUAAUAAGGUUGGCGAAUGAGCUGGAGACUGUAAAAUGGAUGAAGAUGUUACGAAGGAAAAUUCAUGAGAACCCUGAACUUGCUUUUGAAGAAUUUUCAACGAGCUCUCUGGUAAGGCACGAGCUUGAUCGAAUGGGAGUUAAAUACUGGUGGCCAGUGGCAUGGACCAGUGUAGUUGGAACCAUUGGCUCCGGUUCUCCUCCCUUUGUAGCUCUAAGAACAGAUAUGGAUGCUCUGCCUAUUCAAGAAAUGAGGGAAUGGGAGCACAAAAGUCAGGUGGAUGGCAAAAUGCAUGCUUGUGCACAUGAUGCACACAUAUCUAAGCUUUUAGGUGCUGCAAGAAUACUGCAACAACUCAGACAUCAUAUGCAGGGAACUGUUAAUCUAAUAUUUCAACCAGCUGAGGAAAAUGGUGAAGGUGCAAAAGAAAUGAUACGCGAAGGAGUGCUUAACAAUGUCAAUGCAUUCUUUGGAUUGCAUAUGUUCACCAGCUACGCAAGUGGUACUGUUGCAUCACGUCCGGGACCAUUCCUAGCCAGAUAUGGAAGCUUCAAAGCCGUGAUCCGGGGGAAGGGGGCUCAUGCGGCUUUUCCUCAAGAAUCUAUUGACCCCAUUUUGGCUGCUUCAACUACUAUAAUUAGCUUGCGGAACAUUAUUUCUAGAGAAACCGACCCUUUGGAUCCUCAGGUUAUAAAAGGGCAAUCAGCAAUACAACAGUGCUUGACUGAGAUUGAAUUUGACAAAAACGGACGUCCUAAUCUCCCCUCGACCAUAAAUGACGAGAGGAUAUACGAAUAUGUACGAAAAAUCUCGAGAUUGAUUGUAGGGGAAGAGAACACAAAAUUAACUCUUACUUUCAUGCGCAGUGAAGAUCUUGCGGAGUAUUUAGAAAAGGUUGCAGGAUCAUAUAUUUUGCUGGGAACAAGAAAUGAGAAGGUUGGAUCUGUUUAUCUUCCCCACAAUCCUUACUAUACUAUUGAUGAGGAUGUUCUUCCUAUUGGAGCUGCAAUUCACGCCACCUUUGCAUUUUCCUACCUAGUAAAUUUUACUAAAUGCUGUCAUUAUUAUUAG